AUCACAUGUAACAACAAGCAUUUAUGUGCAGCAGGGGCAGCGCCCAGUUUGUUCAGGGUUAUAGAAGGAGUGUAAAGGCCUAGCAGCUAUGCGAAAGCAGGAAGUACACUAGCAGUUUGGUUGCCAUUCAAGUCACCAUGGGGAAAAAGGUUGCUGUUAUAGGAGCUGGAGCAAGUGGUCUGGUUGCAAUUAAAUGUUGUUUGGAGGAAGGUUUAGAACCUACCUGCUUUGAGAGAUCUGAGGAUAUCGGUGGCCUAUGGAGAUUCAAUGAAAAUCCUGAGAAAGGAAGAGCCAGUAUUUAUAAAUCUGUUAUUAUUAACACUGCCAAAGAGAUGAUGUGCUACAGUGACUUUCCCAUUCCGGCUGAUUUCCCAAAUUUCAUGCACAACUCUAAGAUUCUGAAGUAUUUCAAAAUGUAUGCAGACCAUUUCCAGCUACUUCAAUAUAUCCACUUCAAGACCACAGUGUGUAGUGUUAAGAAACGGCCAGACUUUGUCACAAGUGGACAAUGGGAUGUUAUAACCGAAAAGGAUGGCAAGCAGGAGGCAGCCAUCUUUGAUGCAGUUCUUGUUUGCAGUGGGCACCACACAGAUGCCCAUUUACCUCUGGAAUCAUUUCCAGGUAUUGGAAAGUUUAAAGGACGAUAUCUUCAUAGCCGAGAUUAUAAGAGCCCAGAAGAAUUUCAGGGAAAAAGAGUGAUUGUAAUCGGGAUUGGAAACUCCGGCGGGGACAUUGCUGUUGAAGUUAGCAGGACAGCAUCUCAGGUGUUUCUCAGUACUAGAAGAGGUGCUUGGAUUCUAAACCGAGUCUCAGACUACGGUUAUCCUCUGGACAUGACUAUUUCUCGCUUUUUGAAUUCACUAAGACAGUACAUACCUUCUUCCCUUAUAAACUACAUUGCUGAGGCCAAGAUGAAUAAACGGUUUGACCAUGCAAAUUAUGGACUGAAGCCUAGACACAGGAUUUUUAGCCAGCAUCCAAUGGUGAAUGAUGACCUCCCAAACCGCAUUAUUGCCGGCACUGUAAUUGUGAAGUCCAAUGUGGCAAAGUUUACAGAGACUGAUGCCAUUUUUGAUGAUGAGACGGUGGAAAAGGACAUUGAUGUUGUUAUAUUCGCAACCGGUUACUCAUUCAGCUUUCCUUUCUGUGAAGAGCUUAAAGUUCAAUACAACAAGAUCUCUUUAUAUAAAUACACUUUCCUACCAGAGCUGGAGAAACAGACGUUAGUGGUUAUUGGUUUGAUACAACCACUUGGGGCCAUCAUGCCCAUCUCAGAACUUCAAUGUCGACUAGCCACAAGUAUCUUUAAUGGAAAUACUGAGCUGCCCCCUUCCAGUGCCAUGAAGGAGGAUAUUCUUAAAAAGAAAGAAGAGAUGCAAAAUCGCUAUGUGUGCAGUCAGCGUCACACUAUACAAGUGGAUUACAUGGAAUUCAUGGAUGAACUUGCUAAAUUAUUAGGUGUGAAACCCAACUUGUUGAAUCUCUUUCUUUCUGAUCCUAAGCUUGCCUGGAAUAUCUGUUUUGGGCCUUGUACACCUUAUCAGUAUCGAGUAACUGGAACUGGAAAGUGGAUCAAAGCCAGGAAGGCAAUCCUAACUCAAUGGGACCGGACUCUGGAACCGAUGAAAACUCGCUAUGUAGAACAAGAGUCAGGCUUUUCUUUUGUGCACCUUAUCCUAGGCAUAAUAGUGCUUCUAUCUGCAAUAUUUUUUUACUAUUGAUUAGUAAUAUAGAAUGCAGUUCUUUGUAGUCCAGCAGACACUUAGUGACCAUGAAUCAUUUCAUUGUACUCCUCUGUCUACUAGUAAAGUGUAAAGAGAUGGUUGGUAUAUCAUUAAUACAAUAAAUUAAUUAGACAUUGCUAAUUGGUAUAAAUAAUCAGGGACAAUUUUAAAUGUACAGUUCCAGUAGCAUUAUUGGUAAUAAUGCUUAACACAAUAUUAACCAUAACUCUGCCAUCCCCCACAUCUCCUUUCAAGGCCCACAUUAUUACUACAUACCCAAAGAAACAAAACUAAUAGUUUGAUGUGAGGUAUCUACUGCACAAAACUAGCCAUACAUCCUAUGAAUUUCCAGCUUCCUUAUCUUCUGUUGUAGACUAUGGUUCUCUUUUCUCAUCAUCUUAUCGGAAGAAGAUAUGUGCUAAACAAUUGCGCCUUUUACCUAUGGGCUGCAGGACCGCAGCUCCCCCAGGUAAAAUCUGCCAUCCAGCUCAGUGUUAGUGAAGCCAAAUGCAGUCCGUGACUGGCAGCGACUUCCUACUGGAAGUCCUACCUGUCAGUCACAGACACUACAGGCAGUCCCAUUGCGAGGUGUUUUUACUCCCUCUGGGGCUGCCAGACCGGGCUGCGAUUAGUAGAGAGUUGGUUCCUGUGGGAAGCACUUCCUGCCUCAUCAGACCUAACUGGCUUCUAUGGGCUGCUUAGAAAGAAUGACAGCGUCGGGAGGCUGAGGAUGAUUUUAACAUGCUUCGGAGCGGUAAGAGGGCUAUUAGCGCAGCGUAACAUCUUAGUACAUCCCGCCCAUAGUAUUGUUAGCAUAAUGUACCAAUGUUUGGGACAUUGCGCAUGCCGUACUGCGCACGUAUAGUACCCAUACUGUGCAUGUGCAGUACUGGUCCUGCAUCUUGGGACGUAGUAUGGCUACAGAUGUUGGUUGAUUAACAGUCAGCAGCUGUUUCGGAGGUGGGGAGGCAAAGUGCUCAAUAUCACCGCCGUUUUGGGGGAUAGCCGAGGCCAGGAUCUCAGUCUUCUGACUAAGAAUUCCUGGCCCCAGCGACAUAUCUGCAGCAGCUGGUCUGCAUAACCUCAGGGUUACUCAGCCAGCCAGGGAUGUGUCCUCGGAUGUACGUAGCAGAGAAUCACACAUGCAUGCAGGUGGCGUGUACUUAUACCAGAUGCCUCCUCCGGGCCGGUGCACGGUAUCUCUGCACCCUAGGCAAAGUUUCAGCCUAGCGCCCCCUAAUCUGCAACCCCCCCCCCCCCAUCCCCUCCCUCACCAACUCCCGGAGAUGUCAUUUUACAUAGACAGAGAAAAGGGAUGACACUCAAGGACUUUUAAAAUGAAAAGAUAUAUUGUUGUAAUAUGUACAAAUGUUAGGUGGCAUGUUAGGAAUCGAAUAGGACACUGAGGCCAGUUUCACUUUUAUGUUGAGUGAUAUACAUCUGGUGGGGAUAUUUAAUUGUAUGUGUAUACAUACAUAUAUACGCACUUACAUAUAUUUUUAUGUUCCCAUGUUUUCUCUAAUGUGCUGUGCAUACCCCCCCACCCCCCACCCUUUGUGGUCCCGCAGAAACCGCCAUGGGUUACUUACCUUAUGUUGUUUUCCCUCAUCAUUGGAUGGGUUCCUCUUACAGUCUGCAGCAGAAUUACAAUGAUGCUGCUGGGUGCAGACAUGUAGUCAGGUUCAACUUGCUGCUGGAGAGCCGGGAUCCAGGGGCCUGGAGGAGGUGCAUCAGGGCUAUAAGAGCGACAGUGGGGGCACCCCUCGGGAACCAUAGUUACAUCUGCCUCGUAUGUGCCUUCACGUGACUUGAUGAUACUAAUGUCAGCACGGAGGAAGCGCUGAGGCACUAUGCAGCGCAGCCUGAUAGCGGCAUGUGUACCUGAUUAGACCUGCAUCCACUGCCAGUGCAGUGUAAAAGGAGGAUGUCUCGUACAGAGACAUCCUUCAAUUUAUUGCUUGAUGAAUACAGUGGCGUCCUCCAAGGGCUGGUGCCCCUAGGCAGCCGCCUAAAGCUGCCUAAUGGAAGAGCCAGCCCUGCGGCUCCUGCUGCAUCACCAUAUGAAAGCAUCACUGCUGCUUGCAAUUAAGCAACAGUGAUGCUCUUUCUAACCACAUCUAAAUCACCCCCAUUAACUCUAAUUACUGCAGUCUUACCUUUUUUAGUCUUAGUUUCAUAUCCAAAUAGGCGACUGUCUCUAAGAUGUUGGAGCUGGAUUGGUUGUCUGUAAUGGCGUGUGUGUAAAGGUAAUAUAUUACUCUUUACAAAACUGUAGUGGUUACAUCUGUGCAAUCAGUUACUGUACCUUCAUAGUUCAAAUUGGAAAAUUAAAAUGUUAGAGUUGAUUGGUCCUUUAAAGGAUUUAUUAUUAUUUUAUUACCAGCUAUUUAUAUAGCGCAUACAUAUUCUGCAGAGCUUUACAGAGAAUAUUUGGCCACUCACAUCUGUUAUCAUAAGUUACCUACCACAUGCACACACAUACACACUAGGGUUAAUUUCUUGUUAGGAGCCAAUUAACCUACCAGUAUAUUUUUGGAGUACCCGGAGGAAACCCACAUAAGCACAGGGAGAAUAUGCAACUCUACACAGUUAAGGCUAUGGUGGGAAUUGACUCCAAGACUAUGACUUAACCUUUACACCAUCCAUGCUGCUCAUUUGAUUCAAUAAACACUUUUAUUCUAUCUCACCUCAGGUUUCUUACUUCUACAGUAUGGCCAUUUCCUAGUCCUACUACAGAAACAGUGGAUCCCCACCAAAGUGUUAAAAUGAGUUCUCAUUGCACAGAUUCCCCUUUAAAAACCCUUUGCAGAUUUAAAAUAAUAUUUAAACGGUGUAUCACCUUACAUUGACUGCAUACCACCUUACUUGCUUAUUACAUGUUCCUCAGAUUACCUAGGCAUUAUAUUUGGGUUCAUUAUGUGUAAGCUUGAUUAAAUAUUGGAAUAUCGUGGUAGUGAUGGCAAGAGUGUAACAAAAGUGCAAUAUAGCUUAUCAAUUAUAGUCUUACAGGUUUCUACAGUGUCUCUCAAUACAUUGAUUCAUGUCUAUAACUAGAAUUGUGGCAUUGACAUAGAAACAUAGAAUUUGACGGCAGAUAAGAACCACUUGGCCCAUCUAGUCUGCCCUAAUUACAAGUACAUGCACUCACUUACACGCUUGGUUUAAUUUUUAUUGGAAGCCAAGUUUGAUCUACAAGUAUAUUUUUGGAUUGUGGAAUGAAACCAGAGUACCCCUGUGCAAGUACGGGGAAAAUAUACAAACUCCACACAGUUAAGGCCAUGGUGGGAAUUGAACCCAUGACCUCCAUGGUGUGAGGCAGUAAUGGUAACCAAACAUGAAGUACUGUAUGUGACAGAAUUUAUUAUUGAAUGUAACAUGAUUAACAACUGUAUAUUAUGUUAUUUGAUUUUGUAUAUGCUGAGGAGGUUCUUGGCUAGAAUUUCUUCCAUAUAAUUGUCUGAGUUAUAUGACCUAUAACUGAUUACUAAAUUUGUCACUUACCUACAUGCUGAAGAGCUGCAGUGUGAAAAUCCUAAAGGAAUUGCUGAUGUCCAAAUUAACCUUUUUAUAAUAUAACUGAAAAAAACUAUUUUGUAAGUUUGUAUGAAAAUAAUAUUUUUAUGACUUUAAGCAAAAAGCUCUUCAGAUCUUUUGAUAAUUAACUUAUU